UUCUUCUUCUUUUUUUUCCUCCUUUUUUUUUUUUCUCUUUUUCUCUUUUCUCUUCUUCUUCUUCUUCUUCUUCUUUUACUAUUAAUUAUAAUCAAUUUUUAAUAUAUAUUCAUGGAAAACGAUAUUGUAGCUAUACCUCGUGCACAGUAUCAACGUUGGUGUCGACGACUUGAUCGACGUUUAUCUAAUACUUCAACAACAUCAAUAGCUAGUUAUCGUAGUGUUUGGUGUUUACCUCCAGAACUCUUAUUGGAAAUCCUUAGUUAUCUUGUCGACCAACAAGCCACUUUAUAUUCAGUUUCUCUUGUAUGUCGUCAAUGGUUUCUUUGUGCCACUCCUCUAUUAUACAAACAUGUCAAGAUUCAUAAUACUUAUCGAUGGGCCACUUUUAUUUUGACUCUUUGUCGUGAAAAACGUUUUUUUCAUUAUGGUUCUUUGAUUCAAUCUAUUGACUUAUCUUGUGGUAGAUUUGAAUUAUUGAAUACAAAAGAACAAAAUGUAGUAGGUUCUUCAAGGUUAACUCAAACAUCAGAAACCACUUUAUCAUCUGUUUCACCUUUGACAACCAACUCUAUUGGUACCUCUACGAGAACCACCGUUAUUACCGUGAAUGACAACAUUGUUGGCACCAUUAGUCAUACAACAGAUGAUACGUAUGAUGUGUUAUCGGAAGAUGGUUGUCAAGUACCGACUCAUACCUAUCCUUCUUUAGUAGUAUCCACGUCUUCACUUGUUCAACUUGCACAAACUUGUCAACAUCUUGUUUCUCUGGAUUUGUCUUAUACUCAAGUGUUUCAAGACAGUGUUGUGGUGGAAACGGGUGAAUAUAUCUCUACUUUACAACAUUAUGCUAUUCAACCUGAUUUGACUCAUGUGAAAAUUCCAGUUGAAACUGCUAUCGAAACCAUCGGUCAACAAUGUACUCACUUGGAACAACUGAAAAUAAAAGGCUGCGGCUGGAUCACUGCUCGUCUUAUUUGGAUAUGGGUAUCUUCUUGUCCUCGACUCACUUAUUUGGAUGCGCGGCGCUCUCCGAAAUGUACUGUCAGACGACUGGUUACUAAUGUCUUGGAAGUACCAAAACAAUCUAUUCAUCAAGAAAAUCGCAAUAACGAAUCAUUAUCUACAUUAUCUUCACCAUCAUCCUCGACUUCUUCUUCAUCUUCCUCCUCAUCUUCCUCAUCAUCAUCAGUACAGAACAAUGAUCAAAACAAUCAUCUAUCGCCUUCAUCUUCAACCUCUUCUUCCUCUUCAUCAAUGAAUAAUAAUGUACGUACAAUUCGAUGUAAUAGAUCCUCCUUACGUUUGAAUAAUGAAGAAACAUCAGAUCAUCGUUCAAUUCGAACUCGUGUGAUUCAAGCAUUAUCAAUGGAUGUAGAUGAAACAACGGAUCGAGAAGAAUGGGUGAAUCCAGGACAUAGACGGCCACCGUCACCUUAUUACCAUCAUCAAGUAGGAAACAAUGAUCAUGAUACAACAACAACAACACUACGUGAUUUUGUAUGGUCUAUUUUGAAGGAAGGAAAGGAACAUGGUUUGAUGGAAUUACAAUGGUUACAAGAAUGAUAUUUAAAAAUCCAUAGUUUUUUUUUUUUAUAUUCCCUCCCUUUUUUUUUUUUAUUGUAUAUUUGGAUAUGAUAGUCAAAAGGAAAAAAAAAUAUAUUUUUUUUUUUUCGUUUAUAUAUCUUCAUUUGUAUAUCUUUUGUAAAUAAAAACAUAUAUCACUUUUUUUUUUUGCCAAGAAGUAUAUGCUACGCCCUAUUUUAUUAUUAGGAGGAAUAACAAGUGGAUAAAGCGGUAUAAUAAAGAGGAGUAUGAUGAAGAGUAUCAAUACGGAGUCGAGGUGGCUGGAGAGGAGACAACGAUGAAGCAAGACGAAGACAUGACAAAUCCAAAGGUGGAAUCUUGGGUCGUUCAAUGGUUUGAAAGCGAACUCGUUUCAUGAAAAAAGAAUAAAAUAAUUACAAAAAAAAAAAAAAAGAA